AUGUCGAAAUACGCCUUCACCGUCGAACUGACCAUCACCGAAUAUGGCAGCGAUGAUCCGCUUGCGUUCAAAAUGGACGGACAUCGCUUCGACGGCGCCCUUCGCACCCUUAAAUGGUCCGCCGAUCAGACGUAUACAGUGAAGAUAGUGACGAGACCCGCCACUGAAGUCAUAUAUGUAAAUAUAAGUGGGACGGACAUCAGCAUGAAGAAGGAGAAGCUUGGCGAGUAUUCGGGACAGUGGAACACAGGAAAUGCGGAGAUUUCGAAAAGGGGAACACGAAAACCGCUAGUGAUUAUCAUCAAGUUCGAACCUGAAGGCAGUCUGCGCUACGAAUUCCAGUCGAAAGUUUAUCCGAAAAACGACUCGCAUGCUGUUUGGGGCCACAAAAUGAAUGGAAUCGAAUGGAAAUGCAGCGCCGGCGACGACGGCAUCGUUCACAUUCUGGAUGAGAAUUUUCGUUAG